AUGGAUAUAUCGGAAUCUGAAUUUAAAAAAAGGUAUAGAUUGAGCAAAGAGGCAUUUAAAUUUUUAUGCCAAGAACUUCGCUCAAAAACUAACUUGAGGGCGAGUAAAAGAAUAAGUUUAGAGCUUAAGGUUCUUUGUGCUUUGUCGUUCUAUGCAACAGGCUCUUACCAACGCUUAGUCGGUAUGGGUAAGCACUUGGGGCAAACAAGUGUAAGCAAAUGUGUGACCCAAGUUACGGAGGCACUUAACGACCCAAGCAUAACGAAUACAUUUAUCAAGUUUCCCACUUCAAGGACUGAAAGGGACGCGAUAAAACAAAAAUUUUUCAGAAAAUACAAUAUACCCGGUGUUUGUGGGUGUAUAGAUGCAUCACAUUUUCAUAUAUACAAACCAAGAAAAGAAAUAGAGCAUUUAUUUUAUUGUAGAAAACAUUUUCAUUCAAUUAAUGUACAAAUGGUUGUUGAUAGUGAAUGUCGCAUUUUAAGUAUUAAUGCCAAAUAUGGAGGAGCUACGCAUGACGCUUUUAUUUGGGAAAAUAGGCAAGUAAAUAGCUAUAUGCAAGAACUACAUCGUAACCAUGAACAAGUUUGGUUAUUAGGUGAUUCCGGAUAUCCACAAAGGCCGUGGUUGAUGACACCCAUUACCGAUGCCGUUGAGGGUAGCCCCGAAGCGAAUUAUACGUCGCUUCACGCCCUUAAAUUUGGCGUACCUGAUCCAGAGAACGAUCCUACUAUUCAAGAGGACCCCGUAUCUCAACCAACCGAAUCAAUUGCAGGGAAUACGAGUUCGAGCGGCGAUUUAAUAAGAGGCCGUGCUCUAAGAAGACUUCUUGUAGAUAGAUUAAAU